AUGUGCUAUCGUUUUAAUGGCUGUGCUGUGCUCUUCCAGAUCAUUCCUCGUAGAAAUGAACCUGUCAUCCACCUUGUGUGUGGUGAUGUUGGACCGCUAGAAGCAGGAGUGCCUGUGAAUGUUCCUCUUUGGCUUGCAAUUGAUCUCAGAAGGAAGCAACAAUGUGAAAUUGUGCCACCACAUUGGUUCUGUCUCGAAGAGUUGAAACGAAUAGUUGCCAUGGAAGGUGACACGGUCGGUCUUUCCCGACUUCCUUCGUAUAUCUUUGAAAUUUCCAACAUAUUAGUUCGAGCUGCAAAAGAAGACAUUGUUAAUGGAGAUCAGAUAAAAGUGUUGAUGCAAGACUUAUGGGAUAAGCGGGAGGCCAAAUUACGGACCUCGUCCUUGAAGCUUCUUUCUCAGCAUACACAUGCCCAUGUUCGUCUUGAUGCCGUACAACCACUAGAAGUGACUUCUAUUCGUCCCAAUCUAUCCGCUUGUAAGGAAGUUGCCAAGCUCGUCCGCAAUGCUCAUAGUGUUCAACCUGAUUAG